AUGAGCGACAAGGCUCAUCAAUGGGAAAAGUCCUUGCCAGCCGGGUCAAUCACGACAUGGGACGAGUGUAAGAAGGCAUUCCUAUCCAAAUUCUUCUCCAAUGCAAGAACCGCCAGAUUAAGGAAUGAUAUCUCUAGCUUCGCUCAGCGUAACAACGAAACAUUUUAUGAAGCAAGGGAACGAUUCAAGAGCUAUCAGUCACAAUGCCCUCAUCACGGCUUCAACAAUGAGUCGCUACUUAGUACUCUCUAUCGAGGAAUACUACCUAAGUUUCGCCUACUCCUCGAUACUGCUAGCAAUGGAAACUUUCUAAACAAGGAUGUUGAAGCUGGUUGGGAACUUGUGGAGAACCUAGCUCAAUCUGAUGGCACGUAUAACGAGGAUUAUGACAGAAUUGUUAGAGGCAACAAUGACCAAGAGGACAAGUAUAAGAAGGAUAUGAAGGCCCUUAACGACAAGCUCGAUAAGUUUUUGAUGAACCAGCAGAAGAAUGUAUACUUUGUUCAAGAGGAGGAGACCUUCCAACCUAAUGAUGGGGAUUGUGCUAACAAUGAGGAGGUGAGCUAUAUCCAGAAUCAAGGAGGUUACCAAAAGGGUUACAACAACUACAAACCCAACCCGAAUCUCUCUUGUAGAAGCACCAACGUCGCGAACCCCCAGGAUCAAGUCUAUCCGCCUCAACAACAACAGUUCAAGAACAAGCCAUAUGUUGGCUUUAAUCAAAAACAAGCUUUUCAACCUCAAUCACACCCUUCAGGAUUCCAACAGUACCCCACUAAUGUGCACCCAGAACAAGAUAUUCAAACAACACUACAUCAGCUUCUCCAAGCACAGAACAAUAGCCGCCAGGAACACGCCAAGAAGUUAGCCGAGCUUCGCAGCGAGUUGCGUGAGUCUAUACAAGAGCUCCACCAAAAGUUCGAUUCUUUAAGCAAAAGGGUAGUUAUCUUGGAAGGCAACCAACCCUCCACAUCUUCUGGCCAACUCCCAGGAAAGUCUAUCAUGAACCCUAAAGAAUUUGCUACUGCUCAUGCGAUUACUCUGGGAAAACCAUUCCCAAUUGUCACUGAGGACAGUGAGGUUCAAGAGGGGGAGGCAGCCCAAAUUUAUACCCUACACGGUGAACCCGAUCGAGUCUAUAACAGGCACGACCGUGCCAAUGGUGAACCCGAUCGAGUCUACCAAAGACUCGACCGAUCCGAUCAAAGGUACCAUGAACCCGAUCGAGCCAGAUAUCGUGUACGGUGCUUGUCUGACAAGUUGUGUGAAUUAAGUUCCGACGAGCCUCUUCGCCCGAUCAGAGCUACCAGCCCCAAGCCUUCAAAUCGAAGACCAUUACUCUACCCUGAAGAAUCUAAGGCAUAA